AUGGACGAUGGCAGUACACACUCGUAUUCCAUCAGUGCGGACACAGGUGGCGGAACACAAGGCCAAAUUGGUUGUGCUGUUACAAACGCCUCCGGUCAAACACCACCAUCGUCAGUGGAUGAUUUGGAUCAACAUCAUUUGAAACUAGAAAGGAAACGUGCGCGAAACCGAGUAGCCGCUCGGCGCUGUCGUGAAAGAAAAAUCACUCUAAUUCGGGCCCUAGAGAACCAGGUUGCCGAACGUGAUGCACACGUGCGUUGCUUGGAAGAUCUACUGGCUCGAUAUCGUUCUGAGGGCGAACGAUUACGUAAACAUAUGGAGAUUCUCGCCAAUUCUUACUCCAGUUUAAAAGCCGAAUUGUACCAGUAUCCGGUUUUAUUGCACCAGCAGCAGACACAGUUACAGCAACAUAAUACCACUGCGGCGUCAGAACAGCAACCAUCUGGUUUAACACAGCCUAACGUCACGCAGAUCCCUAAACGUGUCAGCAUUAAGCCUUUUCCUUGA